UGCAGAGGAGGUGGGGGUGGUGCAAAAGAAAUGGCGGCGGCGGGGCAGAUCGCGGCGAUGUGGGAGCAGGUGAAGGCGCCGGUGGUGGUGCCCCUGCUGCGGCUCUCCGUGGCGGCGUGCCUCGCCAUGUCCGUGAUGCUGUUCGUGGAGAAGGUGUACCUGACGGCGGUGCUCGUCGCCGUCCACCUGUUUGGCCGCCGCCCCGAGCGCCGGUACCGCUGCGACCCCAUCGUCGCCGGCGACGACCCCGAGCUCGGCGACGCGGACGCGGACGCCGCCUUCCCCAUGGUCCUCGUCCAGAUCCCCAUGUACAACGAGCGCGAGGUGUACAAGCUGUCAAUCGGGGCGGCGUGCGGGCUAUCCUGGCCGUCGGAUCGGGUGAUCGUGCAGGUGCUCGACGACUCCACUGACCCCGUCAUCAAGGAGAUGGUGCAGGUGGAGUGCAGGAGGUGGGAGAGCAAAGGGGUGCGGAUAAAGUACGAGAUCAGGGACAACCGGGUGGGGUACAAGGCCGGGGCGCUGCGGGAGGGCAUGAAGCACGGCUACGUCCGGGACUGCGACUUCGUGGCCAUCUUCGACGCCGACUUCCAGCCCGACCCGGACUUCCUCGCCCGCACCAUCCCCUUCCUCCUCCACAACCCCGACGUCGCCCUCGUCCAGGCCCGCUGGAAGUUCGUGAAUGCAAAUGAAUGCCUGAUGACAAGGAUGCAGGAGAUGUCCUUGGAUUACCACUUCAAAGUGGAGCAAGAAGUGGGCUCCUCGACUCACGCCUUCUUUGGUUUCAAUGGGACCGCUGGCGUGUGGCGCAUAUCUGCAAUGAACGAGGCAGGAGGCUGGAAAGACCGAACAACGGUUGAAGACAUGGAUCUGGCAGUCAGAGCAGGCCUCAAGGGAUGGAAGUUUGUCUACCUUGGUGAUCUCAUGGUGAAAAGUGAACUUCCAAGUACAUUCAAAGCGUUCCGGUAUCAGCAACACAGAUGGUCAUGUGGACCGGCAAACCUGUUCAGGAAAAUGUUUGUGGAGAUUUUUAGAAACAAGAAAGUGACAUUGUGGAAGAAGAUCUAUCUGAUCUACAACUUCUUUUUGGUGCGCAAGAUUAUCGGACACAUUGUAACCUUUGUGUUUUACUGCCUUGUUGUCCCGGCAACAGUCUUAAUUCCUGAAGUUGAGAUACCGAGAUGGGGUUAUGUCUAUUUGCCAUCCAUUGUCACCAUACUCAAUUCUAUUGGGACUCCAAGGUCCUUGCACUUGCUUAUCUUUUGGGUCCUCUUUGAGAAUGUCAUGUCACUGCAUAGAACAAAGGCCACACUGAUCGGACUGUUAGAGACAGGCAGGGUGAAUGAAUGGGUGGUGACUGAGAAGCUUGGCGACGCUCUGAAGAUAAAAUUGCCGGGUAAAGCAUUCAGGAGGCCACGAAUGAGGAUGGGAGACAGGUUGAAUGCAUUGGAGCUUGGUUUUUCAGCCUACCUGUGCUUCUGCGGAUGCUAUGAUAUUGCCUUUGGGAAGGGCUAUUACAGCCUCUUCCUUUUUCUCCAAUCCAUCACCUUUUUCAUCAUCGGUGUGGGCUAUGUAGGGACAAUUGUCCCGCACUGAUUACAGAACCUCCA